UUAUCCGUUUGUUUGUCCUCUCCCAGAUUGCGGACACAAAUGAAGUACAUUCUGGUCACUGGCGGUGUCAUCUCUGGGAUUGGCAAAGGGAUCAUUGCCAGUAGCGUGGGGACCAUCCUCAAGUCUUGUGGCCUCCAUGUCACCGCCAUCAAAAUCGACCCCUACAUCAACAUCGAUGCAGGAACCUUCUCGCCUUACGAGCACGGCGAGGUCUUUGUGCUGGAUGAUGGUGGCGAGGUGGAUUUGGACCUGGGGAACUACGAGCGCUUCCUUGAUAUCCGGCUCACCAAAGACAAUAACCUGACCACUGGCAAGAUCUACCAGUCUGUUAUCAACAAGGAGCGCAAAGGGGACUACCUGGGCAAGACUGUGCAAGUCGUGCCUCACAUCACGGACGCCAUCCAGGAGUGGGUGUUGCGCCAAGCCAAGGUCCCUGUUGAUGAUGACGAAGUAGAGCCCCAAGUCUGCGUCAUUGAGCUGGGUGGAACGGUGGGUGACAUUGAGAGCAUGCCCUUCAUUGAAGCCUUCCGGCAGUUCCAGUUUAAAGUGAAGCGGGAGAACUUCUGCAACAUCCACGUCAGCCUUGUCCCUCAGCCCAGUGCGACGGGUGAGCAGAAGACCAAGCCGACUCAGAACAGCGUGCGAGAGCUGCGCGGGCUCGGCCUCUCUCCAGACCUGGUGGUAUGUCGCUGCACAAAUCUUCUGGAGACCUCUGUCAAGGAGAAGAUCUCCAUGUUCUGUCACGUGGAGCCGGAACAGGUGAUCUGCGUUCACGACGUCUCGUCCAUCUACCGCGUGCCUCUGCUGCUGGAGGAGCAGGGCGUGAUCAACUACUUCUGCCAUCGCCUGAACCUGCCCAUUGAGCCACAGCCCCGCAGGAUACUCACCAAGUGGAAAGAGAUGGCUGACAGGUCAGACCGCAUGCUGGAGACCUGUUCGAUUGCCCUGGUCGGCAAGUACACCAAGCUGUCUGACUCCUACGCCUCUGUUAUCAAGGCCCUGGAACACUCUGCUCUCGCCAUCAACCACAGACUGGAGAUCAAGUAUAUCGACUGUGCUGAUCUGGAGUCAUCGACCCUGCAGGACGAGCCGGUCCGAUACCAUGAGGCCUGGCAGAAGCUGUGCAGCGCAAAUGGCAUUCUUGUCCCUGGAGGGUUUGGGGUUCGAGGCACAGAGGGGAAAAUCCACGCCAUCUCCUGGGCCAGAAAACAGAAAAAGCCGUUUCUGGGAGUGUGCCUUGGUAUGCAGCUGGCAGUUUGUGAGUUUGCGCGCAAUGUUCUCGGCUGGCAAGGUGCCAACUCCACGGAAUUUGAUCCUGAUACCAAAUAUCCAGUGGUCAUUGACAUGCCCGAACACAACCCUGGGCAGAUGGGUGGCACAAUGAGGCUUGGCAAGAGGAGGACCAUCUUCAAAAGCAACAGCUCCAUACUGAGGAAACUGUACGGUGACGUUGACCAUGUUGAUGAAAGACACAGACACCGAUUUGAGGUGAACCCAGAGCUGAAGCACCACUUUGAGGAGAAGGGCUUGAGAUUUGUGGGUCAGGACGUGGAGGGGGAGAGGAUGGAGGUCAUUGAGCUGGAUGACCAGCCGUACUUCGUGGGCGUGCAGUACCACCCUGAGUUCACCUCCCGCCCCAUCAAACCCUCCCCUCCCUACUUCGGUCUGCUGCUCGCUGCUGCCGGGAAACUAAACAGCUACCUGCAGAGAGGCUGCCGCCUGUCGCCGAGAGACACCUACAGUGGCAGUAGCUCUCCUGAUUCUGAGAUCGCAGAGCUCAAAUUCCCCCCGAUAUCCCAGGACUGACUCCCUGGUAAACCAGUUGAGCGUCCUGAUGACUUACCCUCCUUCGAUUCCUCUGCUACAGGAGUCCUUUUAAUUUAAAUACCUUUAGUAUUUUAAGACUACUACCAGGUCAAUACAACACUUACUUUUUUUUUUGGAUUUUUUUUUUUUGUAUGUCUGAUUUUUCUUGCAGUUGCUUGACUAUUCAAAGGUCUCCUGAUACCAGAAUUAGAUUAAGGGAGGUGAAGUUGCCACCAUUAGCACACAGCAAACUGCUUUUGAGAACUCCUUUUGGAGGGUGAACGGUACCAGAGCACUGGCCCUGGUAGAAUUAUGGGAGUUAAAACCAGGCAACAAUGACUUCACCUGUGGUAGUGUCCUAAGCAUCUGAUUUGCCUGCACUAUCUUUUUCCACUGGCUGUCUCAAACAUCUCUACCAAAAUAAUAAAAGACUUGUACCCAAACCUGGUUAUAAUUAUUUGGAGGGGAGUUCUUAAAGUGUGCUGGUCAUGUCGAGAAGUCUUUGUGAAAUAAAGUGCCUGGGAAAUUUGAGACACGAUGUCUGGAAGACCUGUGUGUUUGGACUGUCCCACAGUUUGUUUCUGUAUAUAUUGGAGGGGGAGGAUGUCAUCCACCAUGACUGUACAGUGGGAAUUGAGACUGCCACACAGCUCUGUGGGAAGGGAUGAGUGAGCUGCCUUGUUUCCAAACCAAAAUAUAAAUAAACUCAUUUGGUAUGCCUGGC